AUGCAUUUCCUCCUUAUGAGCUACAGACGAAUGCGUGUCGAAACGCCUCUCUAAACGCGCGCGUCAGAUUUCACACUGCUCAUGCGCAUGUAAGAGAAGUAACGCAUAUGGAAGAUGACCCUGUCUUCGUAUUUAACGUGCAGCAGUGUGAUGAACACGACAGGAUUUCUUUUUAAUUCUGUUUUAUUCCCCCCUGAACAGAAGAGAGAUGGGCACUGGCUCUGAACAGCCUACUAGGCGCUGAAUGGAGCAGUGAAUGGCACAGGCGCUCCUUUCCUCAUCCUGUUCAUCAGAUUAAUCAGAAAUACAGCAAACUGACAUGUUGGGACUUUUCUAUGACAUCUACAGCUUCAGAAAGGUAAUCGGUUUGAGAUCCAUCCGGGACAACACCAAGAACAAGACCAACGCGUGUGCGUUUUAAUUAACCUAAACCUCUGGAUUAGUAGCUAAACAUGUGGACUACUUUGUUUCUUCUUAUGACAGCACUUCUUCAAGUAGUGUGCAGAGAUAAGGACAGCUGCGAAAUUUUUCCGAGAGACCCGAUCGUCCCAUAUGGUUCCGAUUUAACAAUUUUCAUCAAAGCCUCAUCCAGUAGUGGCUGCCACUUGAAGACGGCGUUCGAUCCUAGUAGAAUCUUCUGGACUCUCAAUGAGAGGAAAAUAGAUGAGCGGUUUUAUGACUUCAACUCCACCUUCGCCUCUGUGUCUAUUCGCAAUCUCUCUGUAGAAAAAGGCACAGUGAAGUGUUUUUUAAACACUACUACGCCUGUCUUAUUGCAUGGAACCUCCAUCCAGACGUACCCUCUUGUCAGCAGUCCCCAAAAUGUCUCAUGUUUUGGAAAGAUGAAUUAUGAUCAAUCGUUUCCUAAAGUAAUCUGUAUGUGGGAUCAUGAUCCAUACCCUUCACGUAUAAGCUACACGGUCCAUCUAAAGCAGGACGAAGAAUAUAUUUGUGAAUCUCAGAAGAAAAUAUGCAAAUUCCAGAACAGUGCACUGUUAGAGGAUCCACUGAACAUAAGUGUGAGUGCGCAGAAUUCCUACGGAUAUUCAGCUCGCUCUAAAGAAGUUACCUACGAAAAUGGUUGGGCUAUUGUUCAAAUGGAACCACCAAAAGAUGUUAUCGCUGAACCUUUGCCGACCGGUUUUAGAGUAACGUGGAAGAUUGAAAAUCACGGGUGGACUGAAAUUAACGAUACGGAGAGUGAAAUACGGAUACAUGUAAAUGGUUCAUAUACUGAGCCUGUAGUGAAAAAUGUGCAAAGAAGCUUGUCCAGUACUGUGGUGACUGAGGUAAAUCCAUGUACCAACUAUAGCGUGUCCGUGCGCGUUAGGUAUCUCGGCUCAGUCUGGAGCACAUGGAGCAAUGAGGUUAUGGCCCUCAGCUAUAUCAAUGUCAGUAGCUUACAGUUCCAUCUCUGGAGAUCUAAAAGUGUGUUGGGUGACAGUGGGAAAAGAACAGUGCUCCUUAUGUGGAAGGGAGUCCAACCAUCAUGUAAAAAUGUUGAUGGAUAUUGUAUCUUCUGCGAGUCUCUGAACCAUUCUAAAUGCUUUGGGCCCUACGAAAAUCGUAUGUUUAUUACUUUAGACGAACGUCCACACAGAAUAACCGUGACUGCGUUUCGCAAUGAAACGAGUCUCAAUGAAGCUUCCGUUGAGGUACCUGGCACGGCAGAAGAGAGAAAUUUACCUCCAGUUAGGAAUAUCAGCGUGUUUGUCAAGCAUGGAUGUAUCCAUAUCACCUGGGAGAAGCCCAGUCUUCCGGUCAGUGGAUAUAUAAUAAUCUGGAACAGUACUGCCAAAAACCACAUGUGGCAGCAAACCCAAGAAACCAGUUUCUCUCUGAAGGGUGAGCCUUUCAUCCUCUACACCAUUUCACUGACCCCACUCUAUAAAGAUGGUCCUGGAAAUGAAACUACUCUUCAUAACUGCAGCCAAGAAGGAAAUCUAUCAAAAGUGUCUAUUGUCCAAAUGAUUGAGGUUAGUGACAAGCACGCAGAGAUCCACUGGUUGCCGUUAUUACCGAUUCAGUGCUGUGCAUUUGUACUGAACUACACAGUGUUCUACAAAUCAUACAACGAGACAAAAACCAGAAAUGUCACUGUGGGACCAAAUCAGCACCGUGUCAUUUUGGAGGACCUGCAGGCCAGAACAACAUACAGCUUUUAUAUCAUGGCCAGUACAGUGGCUGCUUCUUCCAAGAGUGUGCCAUUCAUAUUCUCAACGAAGCCCAAUAUUAAAGUUUACCUUUUUCUGAUAAUCUCCUGUGUUUGCCUGAUCCUGCUGCCCACACUUGCUGUAAUGAUACGAAGGAAAUUCUUGAGUAAAAAGAUUCCAGACCCACGAUUCAGUUCUUUGUCCAUAUGGCCAUCAGACAAUUGCAAUAAGGCGUGGAGCAUAUUUCCAGUGCCUGGGGGCCGGGACACAGAGAAAAUUCUGCCAUGUCAUGUGGACAGUGAGGCCGUCAGUGUCUCCCCAACAAGCAAAAAAGACACAGCUACAUUGGAAGCUUUGACAGAUAUCCAGUACGUUGCAAUAGAUGAUAUGGCAUCCCAGACAGAAAAUACUCCACUGGCUGCAAGUGUUUCUAAGAAAGGACAGCUGGCAUUUGGUGGGAAAGAGCAACGAGUCCCUCCUGUACCAUCACUGGAUCUACAGACCUCAGGAACCCCCCCUAUUCAAUCACUGUACAGGAAGCAAACACCGCUAUGCAGCCCUGUGGAUUCACCUACUAAACCACUAUGGUCAGAUGAGACAGAUGCACUGCUGACACCAAAGCUCAAAAAUACAACUUACUUUACUAGUUAUGUAACCUUGGACAUGUUUGAAACUGGCAAAAAGACAACCAAGUGACUUCUUUGACACAAUGGUCAAGUUUUUGACUUCAUGUCUCGUGCUAAUAAUAAUAAUAAUAAUAUUUACAAUAACUCUAUUACUGUGUGUCAUUACUACAACUGGGAUGUGUAUAUCUAGAGUAUUCGGAACAUCCAGUAACCAGUAAUAACCGGAAUUACACACACAUGGGUUAUUUGCCAAAUAGAGGGUGUUUUUGGAUCACCAAAGAAGUCAUCUGACAUUUAUAUAGCAACAGACAGUGACUGAAGUGUUGCCCAAGUUAACUAGGUAAUUACCUCGAUAAUAUCAUGCUACAUUAAAGUAGCUGUCCAGCAUCCCAAAUACCUCACUGUUAAUAUCAUAAAGCAAUUAACAGUGAGGUAUAGUUUAUAGCCUGGCACUAUUUCCAUAACAUAACCUAAAAAAAUGUUCCCAGAUAUUAGAUAUUUCUUAAAUUGUUUAGUUACUAAAUUAGCUAGGUUAAUAUGUUACAUUAUACCCCAUGGCCAGUGAAGUUCCAUACUAAAAGAUCCAAUUAUCUGCUAGCCAUCUGCACAGUGAAUGAUAGCUAUCAUAACUUAAUAGUGUUGUUACUUCGCAAGCAAAGUGCACUGCUUAACUGUGUAAUUUAUAAGCAGUAUUUUAUGAUUUUAUUGUGCAGUGAUUUUAUUACAUACAGCCAAAAAAAGGUUACUACUAGAGAUGGCACUGACCUGAUACAGAGGAGCGAUGUUGGGGCAAUACCAGCAAAAAAAACGGUGCAUCGGAUGUCAGAGGAAAAAAUGUGAUUCGAUCCAGAAUUGGGUUUGGAAAGAAUAUUUUUGGAAACGGAAAUGUUUACAUACACAAAGUCAUGUAUAUAUGUAUAUAUAUUUUUUUUGUUAAGGUUGAUUUUUAUUAUAUUUAUGCAUUAUACUUUUUAGAAUUGCAGUGUGAUUUUUUUUUUGUGUGAAAGCUGUGGUUUAUUUUCAUUUUCGUUUAUUUUAUUGGUAUAUUUUCAGCUGUGGAUUUUGUACUGUAAUUUUUUUUGUGCUAAUUAAUCUUGAUUAAGUCCUGUUAAUUUUUUUUUUUUUUUUUUGUAGUUUUUCAGUUUUAAAAAAAACAUUUAAAAAAAAAAAGUAUUCAUUUUAAAGACAAAAAUAUCAGAUGGGUAUCAAUAGGAGCUGAUGCUUAAACAUCUCUAUCAGUAUCGAUAUCUAUUAAUAUCACAU